AUGAUUCAAGAACAACUUCUUAGUUGUUGUCGAGAUCCAGUCGAAUCAAAUGAAGAUGAAUUAUUUCUAUUGAAUCAUAUCUUGGCUGAAGUUGAACAUCACCAUAAAAGUUAUCUCGUCGAUGCUGAAGACGCCACUCAUCGUGCGCCGUUAUUUCACGCUAUCGAAAGUGGCAAAUCAUUGCAUUUUCUCAAACGAUUACUUGACUUUCAAGUUCGUAUCACAAGUCGAAUAUUAAUCUGUGCUAUCCGUUACGGAAAUCUAGACACGUUAAGACUAUUCCAUGAAUAUGGUGCUGAUUUUCGUCAAUCAUAUCAUGGUUUAUCUCUUCUGCAUGAAUGUAUACUCUUACAUAAAAAUAAUCUAAUUAGCUUCUUAAUCGAACAAGGCGGAAUCGAUCCGAAUAGUGCAGAUUAUGAUCACCAAACGCCAUUAUUAUACGCAAUAUUUCGAACGAAUAUCGAUGCUAUUCGUAUUCUACUUCGAUAUGCAACGAUCGAUCCAUGUUUGAUAAGCACACGUAAAAAGCAGUUGACUUGCUUUCAUGCGGCAUGCGAAUUGGGUAUUGAUGAAGUUCUACCAUCGAUGAUGAAUUACAUAGCUAUAGAGAAUAUUAACAAGCUUUCUCUUGGGGAUCAAACCUCGUUUGACCUGUUCUUAUCGUGUUAUUUAUUCACAAAGAAUAAUUUGUAUAUGAAUGAGGAAUCUUUGCAGAAAUUCUCGUCCUUAUUCGAUCUAUUCGUAUCUCGUGGUGCAAAAUUGCACCAUUUAACAAAGGCUUAUCGACGGACACGCGCUCCUUAUAUAACAAAGAUUCUGACCAUAAUUCUGAAAAAGAAUCUUUUUCUAUCGGAUAUUAUUCUUGCAACAGGCCGUUCGACGAUCGUCAAUUAUUUGCAAUCGUUGAUUUGUCAAUCGUUGGGCGACUGGCCGUAUUUGGUUGAAUCGAAUGAUAGUAUCACCUGGAAACAACAGCAAAUCAUUCUUCGACAACUUUAUGAAUUAUUCGUAUUUGCGUAUUUCAAGUCUUGCAAUCGUCAGACGAUCAAUAAGAAAUUAUUAACAAGAUGCUGCUCGGCGAAUGAACAUAAUUCGAAGAUGAAACAGAUUUUGUGGAUAUUUAUACAGAAUUUUGUAGAACCGAGAAAGUUCGUGGAACCAUUGAAAUCAAUAUGUCGAACGCAGAUAUUGCUGAAUAUCGAUUCGAUUGAUAAGCAUUGUACAAGUGUCAAUUUAGAAAUUCCGAAAGAAGUGGAUAGUUAUCUUCUAUUUUUUAUCCGAUAA